GUCCGGCAUCUUCUGUGACACAUGACAGGUCCCUGAAGAUGCCGGGCCAUUCACAAAGUCCAGCGCUUCCCGCGCAUGCGCAGUGGGUACCCAACUGUCACAGCCGGGUGCCCGCAGUAAAGAGAGGACAACUCCGCUUAAGUGGGAGUGGGUCCGCAGUCUCUGGUCAUCCCCUGUACUGUCUGCAGUCUCUGGUCAUCUCCUAUACUGUCUGCAGUCUCUUAGUCAUCCCCUGUACUGUCUGCAGUCUCUGGUCAUCUCCUGUACUGUCUGCAGUCUCUUAGUCAUCCCCUGUACUGUCUGCUGUCUCUGGUCAUCUCCUGCACUGUCUUCAGUCUCUUGAUCAUCCCCUGUACGGUGUCCGCAGUCUCUGGUCAUUCCCUGUACUGUGUCCGCAGUCUCUGGUGAUCUCCUGUACUGUGUCCGCAGUCUCUGGUCAUCUCCUGUACUGUGUCCGCAGUCUCUGGUCAUCUCCUGUACUGUGUCCGCAGUCUCUGGUCAUCUCCUGUACUGUGUCCGCAGGCUCUGGUCAUCUCCUGUACUGUGUCCGCAGGCUCUGGUCAUCUCCUGUACUGUGUCCGCAGGCUCUGGCCACCUCCUG